UCCUCCGUUGCCAUAACCAUGCAAUUCUUCCCAUUCAAGGUGUAUAUUUAGCCCAGGGUGUUGCUUUCCACCAUCGACCAUCUCCUUCUUCCUCCCACCAUGUCUGAUCACAGUGAAAUCAAGUUGACGAUAAAGCCUCUCAAACCCACUGAUAUCCCUUCGGAGGAGGCCAUCUUCACGACGGCGGACGCGCUGAUUGAAUCAUGUACCUCCUGGAAGCAGGGAAAGACGUACCAUAAAGUUGUGAAGACGUAUUCCCGAGGAAAGGGUCCAGAAGAUGGAGCUCCAUGGCACUGUAGGAUUAGUGUGCAUAAAUCCGAAGAAGCCACUUUUGACCAGAUGUGGGCAAAGCUUGGGAAAGACAAGCCUACGAACGAGAUGCAAUUUAUUCCGGACAUUCACAAGGUUACGAAAUUGCAAGAAAUAUCUUCUACCCAGUCUAUCUGGUCUUUGUAUUACAAGUUUCCUCCUCCAGUAUCUCCUCGAGUCUUUACGGAGCUACAAGUAACGCGGCUUUCUGAAGUUGAACCGCGUACCGGGAUCAUUAUUUCCAUACCCAUAGACUUAUCUUCGCCCGAAGACGCAGAGUUGGCCAAGAUGGAAGAAAAAGGUGUCAAAGGCCGGUAUGUGAGUAUAGAACGAAUCACAGAGCUCGAAGAUGGGUCGACGGAAUGGCGUAUGGCCACCUCAAGUUCACCAGGAGGGUCUUUACCUUCGUGGUUGGUAGAAAGUACUAUGGCGGGUAAGAUUUCCGAGGAUGUGCCGCAUUUCAUGAAAUGGCUUCAUAGUCUACCGAAGACGGAGGCAGCAACUGAAGAAUGAGGAAGAAGCAUGCAUUUUGCCGGAAGGAUAUUGUGGGUGUUAUAUAGUAUGAUGAUACCAAUGAAUGCAUCGCACUUCGUACAGAU